AUCGAAUAAUUAGUUUUGAAGAGUUGUUUAUAGAAAAAACGAUAAAUUAGAUGACAACAACACAAACUCUUGAGUUAUAAAAAAUUAUCUUCACUAAUGAUCAUGCAUUUAAAAUUUAAAUACAUAAUAAAUUAUUAUAAAUUUAUAAUAUCAAUAGAAUGACAUAACGAGGCAUCAGGGGGCCGACCCGACCCGGCCCGGGGUAAUUACUUUCCCUCCCUCAUUCUCCCGGGAGAAAAUAUUUUCCACCGUCUUCCACCAACAAAGGAAAGGAGGAGAUGAAUGAAGUAGACAAUGGCCGACGUGCGAGCGCGGAUCGGAAUCAUGAGAUGGUUUGGUUCGAUGGCGGCGGCGUCCCCGCACGAGAGACAGAGAAUGCGGAGGGGAAGAAUCAACGAACAAAGUAGGAAGUAGUCCGUUCCGAUUCCGAGGAGGCAACGAAUCCGCUUCCUUAAUCUCUUCUUUUUAACUCCUCGUGCAUAUUACUGUCUCGUUGUUCAAUUCCACAGCCCUAAAUCUCUUUCCGUGGAACGCAGGAAUCCAAACUCCUCCGGGGAUGUAAACAUCUACAAAAUUUCGAUGGAAUUUACUGAUACCGAGCACGGAUCCAAUCAAGUGUCUCGAUUAUACGGGAAUUUUCGAUUAUCAAUCACAACAGGAAGAUCAAAGAUGUUGAAGAUAUUCUUCUUGAGGUUGAAUUCAGGUCCAGGAUCUUCUUCACGAGUUUUUUUUGGUGGGAAUGCAAUCUAAGUGGCUUGGGUAUUGUCUCCCAUGGGAUAAGAUGGUGGAAUCUGUCUUGAGAUAAACCUUGUAGAUUGCCAGUCACACUUGCUGAGAAAACCAACCACCAGAGCAAGCAGCUAUCUCUUUCUUCUCUUUCUUACCUAAGCCUUACUCUUUGCCACGUUUCACAAUCUCCAUUCUUGCAUUUAUAUAAUACCGCAAUAUACCGCACUGUGCACUACAGAACAGUGGUUGUGAUGGAUGGCCUCAUAAACUCGAGAGAAUAGGUCGAUUGUUGUUUGUGUACUGCUCAAGGUUCUCUUCAAUUCUCAGCAAGCAAACAAUUCAGGUUGAAAAUUCAUUGAAUCAUCAACAAAUGGAGGAGAAAGGAAGUUCCCGUGUCUCUAGUGAAGAAAGCUCAAACAUGUUUUUCAUGGUAAAUGAAGAAGAGGAGGUGGACUUAGCAAGCUGAAGUGGGUGAAACUUUGGGAGAGCAUAGCCUAAGUAAUUAGGGAUGGUGAAUUCAUGGACAAAUGAGUUCGAUCCGUUAAACGAUGAACUUAUCAUCUCCAUAUUCAACAAGGUAUUGGAUGCUAAAUGGCUGUUCAGAUGCUACAUGGUCUUGAAGCAUUUUGCUAAUCUUGUACGCCGUGUUGAGAAUGUUUCCGUCUCAGUGGCCCGCUAUAUCCCCUUGUCGGAAGAAGAUCAGACUUAAAGUUUUUUGCUUCUUGGAUGCACUCAAAGAUCUUUUUUCUUUGGAUAUCCAGUUACCCUUUCUCUUUGACGGGGAUUGGGAAAUGUCAUGGUUGGCACUGCUCAAAUGGAAGAGAGCCACGUUGAACACCAGCCUCUCCGAGAAGGAUCCGGAAAUGUCAUGUUUGACCUUACUUAAAUGGAAGAUAGCCAGGUUCAGCACUAACAUUGAAAGUUUUGUAUUUUUCAUGGCAACUUCCAUUCUUAGAAAUGAACAUUCAAGGCCCUACGAAGAAGAAGAAGAAGAAGAAGAAGAAGAAGAAGAAGGUGAUGCAAUAAAUAUGAUGACAGAGGAGCUGAGAAACCGUCUUGGAUUAGCAAUAGAGUUAUUAAUUGAUGCAAGUGGGAGGCUUUGUGUGCUUCUCAAUGUUCUCGAGAAACACAUGAAGCUUCAAAAUGUCACGAUUACAGAUUCUAUGAAACAAGGAAAGAUCUGCGCAUCCCAUAAACAAUUGGUGGAGUUGAGAAAUUUGACAAUGACAAAGGCAGUAGCGUCUAAAGUUGAUGAUACAGAACCAGAAUUGCUGGUGAGAUAUGCUUAUCUGCCAUCAUUGCAUUUGCUGAAGUCUGGAUAUGUUAUGAAGGAAGCCACUCUAGUUUUCGUCAGACAGGUUGAUGAGGUGCCACGUGGUGAUGAGAGUGAUGAUCAUGCAGAUGGUGAAAUUUUAGCCGGUUCUUUUGACGGCGACGAGGAAGGGGCUCUUAGUGAAGCUGUGGAGAAAAUCAUGGAGAGCCACAAAAGUUGGAUGACUACGGCAUCCAUAGAGGACAUGCUUUAAAAUGUGGUUGCAGUUGCUCAAAGACCAGCAAUAGCAAGGUGUAGUAAGUAGGCCCUUCUCAAAGUAUUAUCAUUUGCCCCUUUGAAUUUGAAGUUAAAAGAGAGUUAAGUCUGUUAAAUACUUAAAACAUAUACUUUAAAAGUAAAAUAAAAUUCUGUUUUGAAUUUUAGAAUCCAACAAGUUCUUUCCAAUGAGCUUCAUAAA